AGUCGAACCCAAGUGGCACCUCUUAAAUGGGAAUGCCAUAUCUCUUGAAGGCAAACCAGCUUCCCACGUGGCAUAACGGCAUCCAAUCAAGACCAUAAAAUACAAUCAAAAUUGCCAAAUAAGAAUCAAAGUAGUUUUUUCAGUUUACUCACAGGCGCGUCGCACCCAAGAAAAGAGAUGGCUUCACUAGCAAUUGCCGCCGCCCAGCCCACCGCCGUAAAGGGCCUCUCCGGUAGCUCUCUCGCCGGAACUAAGCUCCAUGUCAAGCCAUCUCGCCUCACCUUCAAGCCCACCAACUACAGGAGUGGUGCUGUGGUUGCAAAGUAUGGUGACAAGAGUGUCUACUUUGAUUUGGAGGACAUCGGCAACACCACCGGCCAAUGGGAUUUGUAUGGAUCAGAUGCACCUUCACCAUACAACUCACUUCAGAGCAAGUUCUUUGAAACAUUUGCUGCCCCUUUCACCAAGAGAGGUCUGCUGCUCAAAUUCUUGAUAAUUGGAGGUGGUGCCACUCUUGCCUAUGUGAGCUCCCAAGCAACUGGAGAUGUUCUGCCAAUAGUCAAGGGCCCUCAACUUCCGCCUAAGCUCGGCCCACGUGGCAAAAUCUAAUCUCAUGAGAUCUUCAAAAUUUUUAAACAUGUUGGGUUGAUGAUUUGAUGUAUGAUUUCCACAGCUUUGUAAGUAAAUCUCAAACCUACUCGUAACAAUGUCAAUCAUCAUCGAAUGUUGAAUUAGUCUUUCAUGAUCUUGCUUUUAA